AUGUCAAAAACAAAAAAUACUGAACUAAAAUUUUCUAUUCAAAAUUUAAUUGAUACAACUACAUCCUGUGAAAAUAAUCAACAGAAAAUAUCAACUGAUAUUUGUCAUACACAAGCAAAUCUCUCACUAAAACGAUUAGUUAUGGAACCUCAAGGAUCAUUAAUUCGUCGACCAAUUCCAAUGCUUAACUAUAAAAUUCCUCAUCCAUGUUGGUCAUUUUUAUCUCAUAUAUCGAAUAAAAAUCCAACGGGAAGUCUUCCAUUAGAUUCACCAUUAAUAUUCCUCAGUAAAAUGAAUCAAGUUUGGGAACAAAUGCAACGAACACAAAUCUCGCCAACAACAACAACAGAAAAUUAUGAUGUAUCUGAUGAAGAUAUCGAUAUAGAUACAUCAU